AUGGAGGCGCAAGAGGACUGCAAGUGGCGCCAGAUCCCGGCGUUUGGCGACUGGAACCUGUGGGACGACAUGCCCGUCACCCAGUACUUCCAGGCAGGGACCUUCUUCUUCGCCGCGCCGGCGGAGAAGGACGACGAGGAUCUCUUCAAGGUGCCCCAGUUCCCUGCCAAGCCCUACAGCUACAAGAAGUGCGUUGUUCGAGUGAAGGGGGAGAAAGAAAACGCUGUGCCGGCGAGGAAGGGAGGCAGGAGGCGCUACGUGAACGAGCAGCAGAAGUGGAAGCCCAAGGGAGUUGUGGACGAGGACCUGUACAAGAUUUCCCCGCAGCUUCUGUGCAAGGUGAAGAAGGCAAAAGAAGCUGCUGAGGAAUUUGCUGGGAGGGUGCCUGGGUCUGAGCUGCAUCGCCUGAGAGAUGCAGAGCUUAAUAAGUUUCUGGGGAGUUUGCUUGGUUGGUGCUCUGGAGAGUUGUAUAGUGUCUACGCUAAUAUGGAAUUAAUGGAAACUUACUACUGCUUUUGCACUCGUUUGAAUGGUGCACAGGUGAACACAUCCGAGUUUGAUGUCAAUAGAACAGCAGGGAAGGGCAACAAAAGGAGGGAGACGCCUUCAGCAUGGACCAAAGCCAACCCUAAAUUCAAGUAUGGAGAGGCAAUGAUACGAGAAAAAGAGAAUGACAGUUGUGGUCCUUCGUCUGUUGCCCUCCAUACCUACUAUCUUGCAGCUUGUGCUGAACAGAAGGUUGGAAUAACGGUUAAUUUCAACCCUUUCCAGUUAGGGCAUACCGAGUCAGCUGAUGACUUUGUGGUUGGAUUUAAUGACUUGUAUGACCUCUUCAAUCUUGAUGGGCUGGACAUGUCCCUUUUACGUUGCUUCUCCGUGUACAUGGUACAAAAGGUUAUGGAAGAUAGCUUGUCUGUGGGCAUUAUGGAACCCCAGGUGUUCUUGAAAUCUAACAUUCGUUGCAAUGAAUCAGCUGUUGUGGAUUAUGUGAAAAGUGUGUUCAAUCCUUAUGCAAAGGAGCGGGAUAGCCUUAUAAUGUUUGCCCACAAUACAGGAGAUCACUGGUUAUUGGUGGUAGUCAUCCCUAAGUGGAACAAGGUCGUGUACCUUGAUUCCGACAGAUCAAAACAAUGA